AUGCUCACCCAGGCCAAGGGGAGGAAGCAGGGUCAAUCCCACAACAUGCACACCCAGGCCAAGGAGUUUAGCCAACAGCUGCAGAGUAAACAAGCCACCCUAUCCAGGAUGACAGAGAGUGUGAGUCGUCUGACUGCGGGCCAGGACAGCCCGGAACAUGGAGAGAUAGGGCGUCUGAGCCAUGCCUGGCUGGGGCUGUUUCACCAAGCUAACAGGCUGAAGGGCCAGAGACAGGAGGACCUGCAGAGGAUCCAGGAGUACCACAACUGCAUCACAGCCAUGGAAGCACUUUUUGAGCAAAUGUCUAAGGAGUGGGAUAACCUGGCCAGGACUGAUGCUGAAAGUUCAUCUGAGCACUUGGAGGCACUGAAGAAACUUGCCGUAGCUCUCGGAGACCAGAAGGGAACUCUGGAGGACCUGAAGGACCAGAGGCAGAAAGUCACCCACCACCUGAACCUGGAUGACAAGGAGCUGGUGAAGGAACAGAUCAGCCAUUUUGAGCAGCGCUGGGUUCAGCUGCAGAGCCUCAUCAGCAGGAAGAUACAGGACUCGGUUAUCUAUUUUACUCUAUUCUAUUCAGGUGGAGGCCCGUCUAAGGGAGGCCAGGAGUGGGCCGAAGAGCAGCAGCCAGGCCUUUCUGAAGCCAUGAAGAUGAGUCCUCCUCCAGAGUUGGCCCAAAGCUUCCUCUUCGACCACCUCAGCAUUUGCAGCGAACUGGAGGCCAAGCAGCUGCUUCUGGCCCAGGCCAUGAGUGAUGCUGACCGUGUCCUGGCUCACCUGGGGCUCAACGAGUGCCAGCGCCUGCAGCAGCUCAUCUCAGACACUCAGGCCGAGGUGGAGUCACUCAGCGUGAAGGUGGCUCAACGCAGGAAGCACCUCAGCAAGGCCUUCACUGAGAGGACCCAGUUCCUGCAGGCUGUCAACCAGUCCAUCACCUGGGUCCAGCAGAAUGAGAAGAAGGCCCAGGCGGAGGAGUACAUUGCACUGCUACCUGACGACCUGGCCAAGCAGGUUAAGGCCUGCAGGAACAUCCAGAGCAGCCUCAAGGCCUACCAGAGCGAGCUGACCUCCCUGUGGUCUCAGGGCAGAGACCUGAUGAAGGACGCCACGCAGGACGAGAAGGUGGAGCUGCUCACCAAGCUGCAGGAGCUGCAGAACAUCUUUGAAAAAGCCCUGCAGAAAUGUGUCCAGAGGCUCCAAGAACUGGACAAGGUGCUUGUCUCCAGGAAGUACUUCAAGGCAGACCUGGAGAAGACGUGUCAGUGGCUGAAACAAGCAGACAUUGUGACCUUCCCUGAGAUCAACCUCAUGAAUGGUGACUUGGAGCUGAACGUGCAGCUGCUGAAGUACCGGCAGAUAGUAGAGCAGAGCGAUGAAUAUGAAAACCUCUUACUGAUCGUCCAGAGAACUGGUCAGGAGAUCCUGCCCACUCUGAAUGAAGUGGACCACUGUUACUUGGAUGAGAAACUCAAUGCCCUGCCACAGAAAUACAACAGCAUACUGGCUCUGGCCAAAGAGAAACAGGAGAAGAUCGAGCAGGCCAUCCUAGCCAGAAAGGAGUACGCCUCCUUCAUAGACGUGACUCAUAAAGCAUUGAAAGAGCUUGAAGAGCAGUUCCAUAACUUAGGGUUGCAGCCUGUUGGUCUGCAGACAGAGGAGGUUGUGAAUUUACUGAGUGACUACAAAGCUCUUCAGGUAGAUCUGGGCAACCUUGGUCUGGCUGUCAGUGAACUGAACCAGAAGAAAGAAGCCUUCCGCAGCACCGGUCAACCCUGGAGACCUGAAGAGUUGACCCAGCUGGUGAGUCUUUACAAUGGGCUCAAGAGGCUCAUCGAACAGCGGGUGGAGCAUCUCAACGACACACUGGAGUCCUUCGAGGACCACAAGGCCAUGGCCAUGCAGGUGGACUCUGAGCUAAAGGCUACCAAAGAAGAACUAGUCAAGGUCAAUGCAGAGACCCAGUCGGCGGAGGAGAGGCUGAAGAAUUACCAUGCCCUGGCCGGGAGUCUUCAGAGCGCCAGCUCUCACCUGUCCAGACUCAUGGAGCAGAUGGAUAACUUGGCUCCUCAGCUGGACAAGGCUGCCCAUGACACUUCCAGGGAACAGGUGGUCCUUUGGCAGGAGGAGCUGCAGUCCCUACAGUCUGCCGUGGGGGAGCUGAUAGUGGAGUGUGAGAAUAGGUUUGUCCAGAGUAAAGACUUUGAGACGGAGGUGAAGAGAACACUGGACUGGCUGCAGCAUAUCAGGGAUGAGCUGGGCUGUGCUGUGGUAGUGGUGGACGUGAGGGUAGAAAAGGUCCAGGAAGAGAUCAGGAAACAGCAGAUAAUGCAGGAUGAGGUUCAGUCCAGGCUGAGGAUCGUGGAGGCCCUGAGCAGUAGGGAGAAACAGAAGUACACCAGCGCCAACGAACUGGUCCCAGCCCACGUUGACCUCAGCCUGGAGGAGAUGGCCAAGCUACAGGCUGAUGUACAGCAAGCAAUGAGUUCCAAACAGAUCACCCUGGAGCAGGCCUUGGCGUUGUGUCAGAAGUACCACUUCCGGAUGCAGUCUGCGUGUGAGUGGCUGGAGGACGCUGUGGCCUUCCUACAACUAGCCAGCCUGGGGGUGGACGUAGAGAACUACGAAGAGUGUCUCCGCCAGCAGGAGGACAUCCUGGCCUCAGAGCAGAAGUUCCUAGACCACCUGCAGGAGUUGGAGGCUCUGCCCCCCCAGCUGGAGAACCUGGUGAACCCCACAGCCAAGGAACAGCUCAGACUGAAUGUGGAGUCUGCUCAGCAGAGAGGAGUGGAGGUCCGGGAUCAGCUGCAGAAUCACCAGGAUGUCCUGAUCAGCUGUGUGGCCAAGUGGAAGUCUUACCAGGAGACGAGGCAGACGGUGAUUGAACUGAUGAACGAGGCAGAGCAGAAGCUUACUGAGUUUUCCACCGUAAAGGCUGCCACCUUUCUGGAGGCGGAGGAGAAACUCAGGAGUCACAGGUCCCUGGUGUUGGUGGUGAAUGGGUUCCAGGAGAAGCUGACAGGGCUGGAGGAGCAGGCAUCACAGCUGGAGCUGGUGGGUAGUGAGGCCAGCAAGGCCACCAUCAGCCGUUCCAUGACCACGGUGUGGCAGCGCUGGACCCGGCUUCGCAGCGUGGCACGAGGGCAGGAGAGGGUACUGGAGGACACGGCCCAGGAGUGGAGGACCUUCAGAGAGAAGAUGGUGAAGCUGAGGAGCAUGGUGGAGGAUCUACAGAGCCGUAUUAUUGACUGUGUUGUGGAGAAGGCCUCCAAGGCAACCCUACAGUCUGUGUUGGACCAGCAUGAGCUGCUAAUCCAGGAUGUAGAGAGAGAGCUGUCCUCCCUCACCCUGCUGCGUCAGUAUGCCCUCAGCCUGCUCCAUGAUGUGGAGGUCCCUUCACCAACGCCCACCUCUGCACAGGACGAACUACCCAGUCUCAAGGAGAUCAGAGCAGUACAAGACCACCUGGAAAGUCUGCUGCAGCAGGCGCAGACCAAGCGCACCCAGGCUGGGGUGGAGCUGAGGGACAGAGAGGGGGUAGAGAAGAACCUGAGUGUGGUCAAAGCCUGGAUCCAGGAGACCAGGGAGCUGCUCCCCAACCCAACGUCAGAUAUAGAUGCUCUGCUGCAGGAGCUGGAGGUGGUUCACGGUGAUGUGAUUGGCUACCGUCAGCAUGUGGAUAAGAUAGCAGAGCAGCAGCAGAGCAAGUAUCUGGACCUGUACACCAUCCUGCCCUCAGAGAUCUCCAUGCAGCUGGCUGAGGUGUCCCUCGCACUGGGGGCCAUCCAGGACCAGGUUCUGUCCAAAGAGAAAGAGAUCCAGAAGACAAGAGACAUCAAGGAGGACAUCAGUUCCAGGAUUCAUGACGUGUCGGAGAAGAUGAAAGCCAUCUCCACCAGUCUCAAUGACAAAGCCAGCGAUGUCCAUCACGCUAAAGACGAGACCAAGUGUCUUUGUGAUGAUCUGGAGAGCUGUCAUCGGACUCUGUCAGAGCUGGAUGCUGCGGUCCAGGAGUUCGGCAGAUGGAACCCCAUCUUGGCCAAACAGCUGAGUGAUGCCAUCGUCAAGUUAGGAGACAUACACCACCACACUGCCAGACUGGCCGAGUGUAGAUCCAUCUGGCUCAAAAAGGCAGGGACCCAUCUAGAGGAGUACAAUGAGAUGCUGGACUUCAUAGUGAGGUGGUCGGAGAAAGCCAAGGGCCUGGUGAGGGCCAACAUCAUCUGGAACUCCUCCUCUCAUCUGCAUGAACAGAUAAGGAUGGACGAGUCCGUGCUGCGUGAAUCUCGAGAGCUCCAUGGGGACCUGCAGGCCAUGGGAGAGAAGGUGGAUCUGCUGUCUGAGGUGCUGCAGACGGAGAACAUGUCCCAGCAGGUGUGUGAGCUGAGCCGCCACACCGAGGAGCUCCAGCAGACCAUCAGGACACGGCUGCAGAGCCUUCAGGACGCAGCCAAGAGUAUGGAGCCUCUGGAGUAUGAGGUGAAGACCCUACAAGUGGCUCUGGAACAGGUCCAAGCUACACUGACCUCUCCUGAUCUUGUCCGACAGAGUCUCAAAGAACAACUGGCCCAGAAACAGCGUCUGCUGUCAGAGAUGGAGGGCUUCAAGCUGCAGGUGCAGGCGGUGCAGCUGUGUCAGAGCGCCCUGCGCGUCCCAGAGGAGGUGAUGCCUGGCCUGGCUAUCUGUCACACAGCACUGGGCCUACAGCAGGAGGCCAGCCAGCUACAGCAUGUCGCAAUACAGCAGUGCAACAUUCUACAGGAGGCUGUUGUGCAGUAUGAGCAGUAUGAGCAGGAGGCGAAGCACUUCCAGGGGCUGAUAGAGGAUGCCCACAGGGUCAUCCAGGACCGACCCAUUCCCACCAGCACUAUCCAGGAACUGCAGGCUCAGAUCCUACACCAUGAGGAGCUGGCCCAGAAAAUCAAGGGUUACCAGGAGGAGAUAGCCAGUCUGAAUUCGAAGUGUAAGAUGCUGACUGUGAAGGCCAAACAUGACACCAUGCUACUCACUGUGAGUGACACGGAGCGGGUGGGGCUUGCUGUGGAGGACCUGGAUGGAGACAUAGACAAACCAUCUGUUCUUAUGAUGACGGCUGGCCGCUGUCACACCCUUCUGUCCCCGGUCACCGAGGAGUCUGGGGAGGAGGGUACCAGCAGUGAGAUCUCCUCUCCUGUCUGUCGCUCCCCUUCUCCCAGCACUCACACACAGAUGGGACGAGACACCCUCCCCAGAGCUCCCGUACAGGAGCUAAAUGACCCGAUGUUUGAAUCUGAGGCUAACCUAGAUGACCUUCAGCGCUCGUGGGAGACCCUGGAGAAUGUGAUCAGUGAGAAGCAGAGGUCUCUGUAUGAGGCGCUGGAGAAGAAGCAGUGCAACCAGGGUUCUCUUCAGUCUAUCUCCUCUAAGAUGGAGGCCAUCGAGGCCAAACUCAACAAGCCACUGGAGGCUGACCGGAGCACAGAUAGUCAUAUGGAAGCCCAUCAGGAGCGUGUCAGUGACCGUCUAGAGGAGCAGCAUCAGGAGCAGACCUUACGACAUUACCUCAACCAAGCUGACCAGAUGGACCAAUGGCUGCUCAGCACCCGCGAAGCCCUCCGUCCCAGUGCUGAGGAGGAGCAACUCAUAGACGGCCAGAACAUGCUGCAGGAGAUAGAGCAGAAGGUGGUGGCCCUGUCGGAGCUGACCAUGCGCAGCGAGAGCCUGCUUCUGGAGGGAAGGCAGGAGACGCGGAUGGACAUGAGGAAGGACACAGAGCAGCUGGCCAGGAAGCUGCGGACGCUGAAGGGAAAUCUACUGGAGCUGCAGAGGAUGCUGCAGGACAAACACAUCAACAUCCAGGACCAGGAGGAGAGUGAGUCUGACUCCACUCUGUCUCAGGGGCCCAUCGUGCAGGACUGCCUGGUCCAGGCCCACAUCACACUCUCACAACACCACCAGGACAGCCUCCAGAGACAGAGGGAGCUGGAGGAGCAGCUAGCUGAACAGAAGAAGCUGUUACAGUCUGUAGCCAGUAGAGGAGAGGAGAUCCUGAUAAAGCAGGCCUCACCUAGCAGUGUCAGUAUGACGGAGCCCUGCUCUCCGGAGAUACUGCUGGAGCGAGAGACCCGGGCUGCCCAGUACCAGAUGAGACAGAGGUGGCAGAGUCUGAGGAAAGAACUGAGCACCAAGCUCCAGCUCCUACAGAAAACCCUGGAACAAGACCACAAGCAACAGGUUUCCUCCAGAACUGCCGCUGGGACCCUGUUUAAAGCAGAGAUCUGUAAAACAGAGGACACAUCUUCACUGAAGAUGUUAUAUGAGGGUUUCAGCCAAACGAUGGAGGAGAUGUCUUGUCAAGGUAAGGUGAUCCCCAUGGAGGAGCAUCUCUACCAGGCUGUGUCAGCGACCUCCUCCUGGCUGGAUGAUGUAGAGAACACCCUGUUCUCUGGUCCUACGCUGCUGACGGAGAACGCUGAGACACAGCUACAAAACCAGGAGGCCUUAGGGAGGGAUGUCAAUGAGAUGACUGGGGUGGUGAGCCACAGUCGGGGUCUCCUAGGCCAACCUACAGGGCUAUGUGCGGAGGACCAGGUCCUGUUAGAGGACACACUGGACUGUCUGACAGAGAGGCUGCAAACUCUGGACUCUGCCCUGGAGCGACACUGUGAACACAUGAGGACUAGGAUGCAGGAACUCACUGCCUACCAGACGGAGUCACAGCUUGUCCUUGCUGAUUUAACCGACACCAAGUGCCAGAUCCUUCAGACGUUGGCGGGAGCCACGGCCAGACCAGGAUCCAAACAGCUUGAGGUCAUAGCUGAGGCUGAGGAGGGUUUGAGAGAAUUUGAGCAGAGGAUCACCCAGCUGAAAACAAGAGGAACAGAACUACAGGCAGAACAGAUGUCCACCAACGAGAUGCUCAAGCUACAGGAUGCCUAUGAGGAGUUGGUGAUGACGGUGGGCUCGCGGCGUAGCAGCCUGAACCAUAACAUGGCUCUGAAGGGGCAAUAUGAGAGGGCUCUGCAGGACCUGGCUGACCUGGUGGACACUGCUCAAGACAAGAUGGCCGGCGACCAGAGGGUCAUCGCCAGCUCUGUGGAGGAAGUUCAGAUUUUCCUUGACAAACACAAGGAGUUCUUCCAGACUGAGUCCCACAUGAUCCUGACGGAGACGUUCUUCAGGAAGAUCAGUGGCCUGGUGGUUCCCAGAGAGAAGCAGGCUCUGGAGGAGAUACUGACCCUGGCCCAGGGAGUCCUCAAACAGGCCCACAGGAGAGGGGUGGCACUGGAGUACAUACUGGAGACUUGGAGCCGUCUGGUGCCGGACUUCCAGGCUCUGUGUAUGCAGUUGGAGGCAGUGGAGGGUAGCAUCCCCACAGAGGGCCUGGUGGAGGAGACAGAGGAGAGCCUCACUGAGAGGAGUUCACUCUAUCAGAAUCUGAAGGGCAGACUGAUGGAGCACCAGCACAAGCUGAGCCAGGUGCUGGAGGAGGGGAAGAGGCUGCAGCUAUCUGUGUGCUGUCCUGGCCUGGACACAAAGCUCACAGUGCUAGGGGAACACUGGCUCAGCAACACUACCAAGGUCAACAAGGAGCUGCAGAGACUAGAGGCCAUCCUCAAACAUUGGACCAGGUAUCAGAAGGAGUCAUCAGAGUUGAUUGGCUGGCUGCAGUCUGCUCUAGAACGUCUGGACUUCUGGAACAAUCAGGCAGUCGUAGUUCCACAGGAGAUGGAGACCAGCAGGGACCAUCUCUCUACCUUCCUGGACUUCUGUAAAGAGGUGGAGUCGCGUUCAUCUCUGAAGAAUUCUGUGCUGACUGAGGGCAACCAGCUUCUGAGGCUGAAGAGGGUUGGAACUGCAGCCCUGCGGUCUGACCUGGCCCGCAUAGACUCAGGGACCCAACUACUCACACUCAUCCCAGGGGUGCAGGAGAAGCUACACCAGUUACAAAUGGAGAAGUUGGCCUCUAGGCAUGCCAUCUCUGAGCUGGUCAACUGGAUAUCUCUGAUGGAGAAAGUGAUUGGAGAGGACGAAGAGAACCUGAAAGGAGCAGUGGGGUCGACUGUCAUCCAGGACUAUCUACAGAAAUACAAGGGCUUCAGAGUUGAUGUGCGCUGUAAGCAGCUGACGGUGUAUUUUGUGAACCAGUCUGUGCUCCAGAUCAGUGAUCAGGAUGUGGAGAGCAGACGCAGUGACCAGACAGACUUUGCCGAGAAGCUGGGAGUAAUGAACCGACGCUGGCAGUUACUACAGGGACUCAUCACGGAGAGG